AUGCUGCGAUCUUGCGUGACCAAAUCCCAACGCCGCGGCCUGGCCACCGUUGCCGCCGGCGGAGCGGCAGCCCAAAGGUCCUCCAAGAAGGAAGGAGACAUCUCUGACGCCUUUGUCUCCCUAUCUGGCGUCAAGCGAGAUCCCUUGCCGGACCGCUUCCGGCAGCUCAAGUGUGACUUGGUCCGCGGCCGGGAGAAGCAGAUUACGGAGAGCUGGAACCGCUUGCUCCGGGACUUGAAGAGAGAGAAUGAGACAAUUGCGCAAAAGGGAUCGGAUGUGGUUCCGCAAAUUGAAUUUGCCAACCUCGAGAGUGGCGUGCGCGGCCUCGAGGACGAGAUCAAGAAGCGUGGUGUUGUGGUUGUGCGAGGCGUGGUGCCCGAGGCCGAGGCCAGGGCUUACAAGGAAGAAGUGGAAGAAUACGUCAAAAAGAACCCGUGGACUAGAGCCUUUCCGGCCGACAACCCCCAAGUCUACGAACUAUACUGGUCCGCGCCGCAGCUCAAAGCGCGCGCGCACCCCAACUUUAUGCGGGUGCAGCAGCAUCUCAUGUCCGGGCUCUGGCACGCCUCGGACUCUGCGAGCCCCAUUUCCGUGGCCUCGCCGCUCUCGUACGCGGACCGCCUGCGCAUACGGCAGCCCGGCGACGCGACCUUUGCGCUAGGCCCGCACAUUGACGGCGGCAGCGUCGAGCGAUGGGAGCCAGAGGGCUACGGGCGCGGCGGUGGGGUCUACGACGCCGUGUUUGCGGGCGCUUGGGAGCGCUACGACCCGUGGGACGCGAGCGGCCGCGUCGGCGCCGUGAGCAACCUGUACGACGGGCUCGGCGCGUGCAGCAUGUUUCGCAUGUGGCAGGGGUGGCUGAGCAUGAGCAGGACGAGGCCGGCCGAGGGCACGCUGCUGGUGAAUCCGCUGAUGCAUCGCGCGACGGCAUAUGUGCUGCUGCGGCCGUUUUUCGAGGCGGUGGAUGAGGGGGAGGGGGCGGCGGCCCGCGGCGAGGCGUAUCUGGACGAGAGCAACUGGAGAAUGGUGGGGGAGGAGGGUAUGACGAGCGAGUUGCAGGGCGCGAGCCCGGGACAUGGCCAGGAACUGACCGACGCGCUGCAUCCGCAUCUGGAGCUCGACCGGACCAUGGUGCACGUCCCCGAGAUUAAGCCCGGCGACUUUGUUGCCUGGCACUGCGACACAAUCCACGCAGUCGACAAGCUACACCAGGGCACGUCCGACUCGAGCGUGCUCUACAUACCCAUCUGCCCGGUGACGGCGCUCAAUGCGCAGUACGUCGCGCGGCAGCGCGAGGCCUGGCGCCGCGGUAUCCCGGGCCCGGACUUUCCCGGCGGCGAGGGCGAGGCCCGGCACAGCGGGCGGCCGAUGGAGGAGACGCUCCGGCAGUGGGCGGGCGUUGAUGCUCUGCGCUCCAUGGGCUUGGAGAAGCUGGUGCCCGCGUCGGACGCGACGGCGGGACAGCGCGAGGCGGUGGACCAGGCGAAUGGCAUUCUUGGAUUCUGA